UUCAGUUGUUGUUUUUGUUUGUUUACAUUAAAAAUGUUGCAGCUGAGAAGAGCCGGGAUCUGCGGGCUGACCCGGACGAUUAUUUUCCCAACGAGGAGAGCUCAUAGUGCCAGUGACCAGAUCUAUGAUGUGGUGGUCAUUGGAGGCGGACAUGCCGGCACAGAGGCUUCAGCGGCUGCCGCUCGCAUGGGAUCACGCACCCUGCUGCUCACUCACAAACUGGAGACCAUCGGCGAGAUGUCCUGUAAUCCCUCCUUCGGUGGCAUUGGCAAGGGUCACCUGAUGCGCGAAGUGGAUGCCCUGGAUGGCGUGUGUGCCCGAUGCUGCGAUGUAUCAGGAGUCCACUACAAGGUGCUAAACAGACGACGAGGUCCGGCAGUUUGGGGACCCAGAGCGCAGAUCGAUCGUCAGCUGUACAAGAAGGCUAUCCAGAAGGAACUGCACAGCACUCCCAACUUGGAGAUCCGAGCAGCUGCCGUGGACAACCUUUUAAUUCAGGACGAGGAGGACAGCCAAACCAGAAGAUGUGCUGGAGUCUUGUUGGCUAACGGCGAGGUGGUGCGCAGUCGAUCCGUUGUUCUCACCACGGGAACCUUUCUGCGGGCACACAUUAACAUUGGUCUCGAGGUGCGUCCUGCCGGGCGGAUUGGUGAUGCUCCUGCCAAGGCCUUGGGUGAAGCCAUCGACAGAUUGGGUUUUCGUAUGGGACGGCUAAAAACGGGAACUCCUCCACGGAUAGCAAAGAGCAGCGUGGAUUUCUCACAGCUCCAAAGGCACGACGGUGAUGAUCCGCCCAUGCCUUUCUCCUUCCUGAACAAAGACGUGUGGAUACCCGCCAAGAAUCAGUUGCCCUGCUAUCUUACCUACACCACACCAAAAGUCAGCGACAUUGUGCGCGACAAUCUCCAUGUGAAUCGUCAUGUCACCGAGGAGAUAACCGGCCCACGCUACUGUCCUUCCAUCGAGUCAAAAAUACUGCGAUUUGGCGCCAAAGUUCAUCAGGUUUGGCUGGAGCCAGAGGGUCUGGACAGUCCAUUAGUGUAUCCACAGGGAAUCUCCUGCACGCUGCCUCACGACCAACAAGUUGAGCUGGUCCACGCCAUCCAAGGUCUGGAGAAAGCAGAAGUUGUGCAGCCCGGUUACGGGGUGGAGUACGAUUUCAUUGAUCCCCGCGAGCUGUAUCCCACGUUGGAAACAAAGCGAGUGCCAGGACUUUUCUUUGCAGGGCAGAUAAACGGAACCACGGGAUACGAAGAGGCAGCUGCCCAGGGAAUUAUAGCUGGAGCCAAUGCAGCCGGAAAGACUCGUCAUGAAGAUGGCAGACAACUAACCAUAAGUCGUACUGAAGGAUACAUUGGUGUGCUGAUCGAUGACCUGACAUCUCUGGGUACCAACGAACCCUAUCGCAUGUUUACUAGCCGAGCGGAGUUCCGGUUGUCGCUUCGUCCGGACAAUGCCGACAUGCGGCUCACCCAAAAAGGAUUCGAUUUUGGUCUUGUAUCUCCACAUCGCUACCAGCAUUUCCAGCAAACCGAAGAGAGAUUACAAUCUGCAAUUCAAAUCUUAAGAGGAUUAAGGAAGCACACUCAUUACUGGCGGCAGGCACUCGAUCUUCCCAAGUCCAAGGCUUCGGUGGAGAAAACUGCCUUUGACAUGCUAGGCAUUCCAGCGGACAACAUCACAGUGGAUCAGCUAAUUCAACUGCAUCCUAGUGAACUAAGCUGGCUAAAAGGCGAACGCAACUUGGCCGAAAGGCUGAAAAUCGAGGCCCUUUAUUCAUUCUUUGUGGAUGAGCAGCAGCGGGAUGUAGAAGAUGUUCGUCGUGAGGAGCGUUUGUCCAUUCCUGCCGACAUUGACUACUUUUCCAAGUCCCUGAGUUUGUCCAACGAGGAGCGACAAAAGCUCACGCUCAUCCAGCCUCAAACCAUUGCAGCGGCCAGUAGGAUUCAAGGAGUAACUCCUUCGACAAUUGUUAGGAUACUUAAGUACGUUAAGAAAGCGGAGGUUGCAAAAGUAUAGUUUACUUGUGCAUAUUUUGUAAAUAUAAAAUCAAUUGUUUAUGGAUAAUAAUCAAGAAAGAAAGCUAGCCUCGGCACCUAUUAUUGCAUUCUGUUCGCCUGGUAUUUCAAAGUGUGGUUUGGUUGAAUAUGUUGACUGACUACAUACGCUCUGCAAGGUUAGAAAAAUGUUAUAUUGUACAACAAUUUUUAUUUAGUUUCCAUUGGAAUAAUACCUUCCCUUAUUAACUCCAUCUCAAUAAAAGGCUUGAUGUAUAUCCUUAA